AUGGCAAUCAAUGCAACACGUCACACGGCGGGAGACGGGCGCAAUAUGGAGGGAAUCUGCCCUUUGUCUCCAUUGGACGAUGUGGGACUUGAAAUUGCGACGGAAAGUGGGUCCUUGGCGAACCACGCGGCCGCGGCAGCGCUAUGGGAACAGCCGCAUUCCCCUGUGCAUCCUGACGUAGCUGUGCCGGAGGCGUUUAUCGCAGCGAAUACAUCGUCAGAUGGGACUAGCGUAGGACAGAGAGCAGAGUCGGAGUUCUUGGCAGCAUGUUUGGUUCCGUCAGGUGCAGAGGCCCAAUCGGCGGCUGGGGUGUAUAGUCUCGAGCGUCUGCAUGCAGAGGUCGGAUUCGAAGAUGCCUCAGACGAAAAACGUGAGACACGCUUGGUCAGCCAGGCGGGGAAGGAGUCCUCUGGUCAGCUCAAAGGUGGAGCCUCCAAGGAUGAGAGCCGAAGUACUCGGGAAGAAAAGACCGUUUUGGAAUGUGACGCCGAUAGUGGAGAUGACUUCGUGGAGUCGGAGGGUGCUAUCGACAUCGAGAAAAUUCCCGAGGGACAUAUUCUGCGGAGGAUGAAGCCGGUACUUCUGCCCGAUCAAGACGGGGUCGGCGGUUUUGCUGUGAAGCCGUCCAAUAUGAAGAGCAUGGGUCUUCUGAUGGAAGACCCCGAAGGCAAUGAAGUGCCGGUGCCGUACAGGAGGUUCACAAAAGCGGACGUGUUGCACGAGAUUCAGAACCUCGGGAAGGACUCGGAUUGGGCCGAGCACAAGGCUGUCCUGCGGGUGUGUCCGCUCGAGGAGCUGCUGGUGGUGCAAGACCCCGACGGGAUGUACGGGCGCUCCUUCGCGUGGGUCUUCACGGAGAUUGCAUACAGUGUUAUGGCCAAAAACAACAAUUUCGUUGGCCUUCGAAAGGAACUGGACCUCGGCAUCCAAGCCAUUUCCACGACUGCGGAAUCUGAGACCCAGACAUACCAUUGCAUUCCGACGAACUCGUGUACUCAAUACUCCAACGAAGAUAUAUGGACAAAGGGAAGCUUCAACGACCAGGAGAACAAGGCAUUUGCCAACUUUUUCUCGCGUGUGGGAAUGCUAUCGGAUUCGCUCAUCUCUUACGCAUGCAUGGAGAACGCCACCUUCGAGGAAAGAAUCGAACGGUCUGGACGCGCCGCUCAAGCUCAUAUCCUUGUGUGGCAUUUCGAGGAGAUUAUCAUGCCCCAAGCUGUCUUUAGCGCUCCGUCGCUUGCGCUCUGGAAAACUGAAGGCUUAACGGAACCAGCUGGAAAAAGCGUGACCGACACCCACCGAAUGCAACAGCAGAAACAGCCGAGGAAACCAAUCGUGACUUCGUCGAUUGACUUCUCCCACAAGAGGACAGUGUCGGAUAUUCGAGUGCUACCUCCUGGGACAGACUUCAGGAAAAAUUUGCGACCAGUUUUCAACCCGAGCAACACUAGUACUUAUCUCAUAACGUCUUCCGGCGAUGGAAACAUUAUGUUGUGGGACGUUAGCGCUGCCGUACACUCUGCCCAUCUUGAUAAUUUCCAGUGGCGGCCGUUCCUGCAGGCCCCGCUCAAAAAAGCGGAGUCUGAGUGGAAGGACAAAACCCAGAAAUCGCCAGCAUACGAACUCUCCCACCGUUCGCAGCCGGUGCACGAACGCCACGUAGACGGACUGGCUAUCACGCUCUCCGAUUGCAUGAUCAUGAUGCGUUCAAAGGGACUGCAGAAUCUAGAGCAGAGACAGCCAGCGACGAGCCGCUCUGUUUGUCAGGAGGAUGGCGAAGUUCUUUUCGGAGAUUGGGCCCAGCCUGGCGAAGAAAGAAAGAUCGACUACAUCAAGACUCUGUUGGCCAUCAAGCGUCCCGUACGCCUGCGGCGCAUGGAGCCCGACACGGCCUUCAGUGCUCUUUCUCGGCAGAACAGAUGGCAGCCUCGAGGUCUGGGACCUCUCUGA